AUGCUGCAGAGGCAUGUCAGCCAAGACAGCCCCACAACAUCCAUAGACUUGCAAAACUCGCAGCAGACAUCAUACACCCCUGGAGCCACCGAGGAGUUCCUUAACUACCUUGUCAACUUCAACCAGAGGAUUGCCGCCACGACAGGCCCCGGAGACCUUACGGCCACAGCUCCCAGCAGCUGCCCCGACAACGGAGUGGGGGAACAUAGUCCAUUUGGACUCAAUGUCCCCAGUCUCCCUUGGCACCUGUUUGAAGCUCUGUCAGAGGUGGGAGUUAAAGACCUCUCUGACCAGGGCCUCCGCCAGACGUUCCCAACAGACCCUCACUAUGCACUUAGGCCUGCCAGGUGCGUAAACACAAACAACAGUGAGAGACUGCUCCCCGACCUGACGACGCACGAAAAUGACCCUCUCAUUCACCGGGGUAGACUCCAACACCUGACGAGUGAGCUGGGGGGCUAUAAGCAAGCCCACACCGGCCCAUCGCCUCUCACCAUGACCAACGCCAGAUUAGAGGAGGGUCCUCCCUUUGUCGAGAAGAGUGGUUCCAGAACCCAAGCUAUGAAGCUGUCUGUGUUGCUGCUGUCAGCUUUGCUUGCGCUGGCCUCGGCCGGGCUGAAGGACAUUGUCCAGAAGAGCUCACAGCCCAGGAAAGCUUCCUUACUGAACCCAGAGCUGGAGGGCUUGGUCCCUGAGCUAGGUGGUAACGCCGUGGCAUCGGGUCCUCUGACUCCUGCUGACCUGGAGCAACAGGAGGAUCUGCCGUCCUCCUUCAUGUUUGGCGGCAACGUUAACCUGGAGUGGCUGACCUGGGAUGGCUCUCUGCCCAACGGUGCUGUCUCCAUCUACAAUGGUUACACCAAACGCACCGACUACGUCUGCAAGUACAAGUGUGAGGCUGGCUUCUACAACCCGAACCUGGGCCCGUACUGCCGCUACCCUUACGGAGACCGUGAGUACUACGCCCCAGAGUUUGAGAUCCUGGCCAACAAAGACAACUUUGAGUUCUUGGAGUGGCAGGAAGGUUCCUACGGGUCAGUGCCUCAGCAUGCAGUCAAGACCUGCCCAGGCGUUGGCAUCUACGUUGGGAAGAACAAGUACGGCCUCGGGAAGGUUGUUCCUCAGUUCGAAGCCUUCUUCCUGCCUUGGGAAGGCGAUGAGUACUGGUACAAGAAGUAUGAGGUCCUGGCCAUCAACCGGGACGCUUACACCCAGCACAUCACUGAUGUCAAGUACGCCAUCGAUGAGGUCGCAAUCUUCCAGUAUCCUCCUGAGACCAUGCGCAUCUCCGCGGUCACCAACAACGAAUGCCAGUCAGUGGUGAAGACAGUCACCAUCACGAAGACCACAGAAGUGGAGAAAACCUGGAACAUUGGCCGAGGCACCAUGCUGGGUAUCGCAGGCAGCAUCACUGCCAAGAUCCCCUUCGUUGGCUCAGGGGGCAUCGAGCUGAGUGGUGAGAAGACCCUGCAGUUUGACAGGGGAACCACCAAGGUGGAGUCGCUUAGCCACUCCGUGUCGGUGGAACUCACCAUCCCACCGAACCACACCUGCAAAGUCCGCAUGGAGGGGCGCAAGAUCAAAGCCGACAUCCCCUACACGGCUCGCCUCAGCCGCACCUACCGCAACGGAGAGACCCAGUGGACUUCCAUCUCUGGGAAGUACGAUGGCGUCGAGAUUGGAGAAGUGCGGGCGGUGGUGGACCGCUGUGAACCUGUGGCCGAUGCCAAGCCAUGCCCCUGA